AUGGCCAUGCACCGCAACAAUAUACCUCCGUAUUCCGAUCUCCGUCUAAUCGAAGAGGAUUACCUCAGGUUUGUCGGUGCCCCGACUGCCCGUGGCAUACCAGUAGAACUGCAAUGUAAUUGGACCAAGGCCCAACGAGAGGACUUGGCAAAGCCCUAA